AUGGUAAAGCAAGCCGAGGGGGUCACCAAGAAAAUCGUAAAUCUAACCAAAAGUAUUGAGGCCAUUACGACGAGAGGAUGGGAUGGUGAACAGGGGGAAAGAAAAACUGUGCUGCGAUUGAAGAGUAUCGUCGACAAGGACAAGUUUGAAGAACUGCUUCGUAAGGCAAAUGAGGUUUUGAGGGAGACAGAAAACGAGGUGCCUACAAAAGAUGCUGUGUCUAAAAUUGACGAGGCGGAGCACUUAAAGCUCAUGUGCACGGGCAUCCGUAAAGAAGUAGACUACACUUUAAAUGCCCUUAAGGAAGCCAUUAAAUCUUACGAUUAUCUCGAUGUAAAUUAUUCUGGUAACGCAUUGGCGAUGGAAGUUAAGAAUGCGGGGGAGGAAAUUCGCGACGUAUUGCAGAACGUCACGAAUGUGCUUGGUAAUGUGACGGUGCAAAACAGAUUUUCAGUUGGGGAAGCCAAGGGCCGGCUAGAGGCUUGGAAAAAGGCGUACGCAGAACUAAAGCUUGUUGGGGAAAUGCAUGAGGUGAAGGUAAUGCUUCCGGAAGAGGUGAAAAGUUUCGUGGAGGGAAAGCGGGUGGAACUUGAAGCAUUAAAAAGCAAGGUCGAAGGUCCAAAGAAGGUGUUUGAUAACCGUACCGACAGGAAGAAUAAGGAAACGGAAGCUAGAAGGAACACAACCAUCGAGGAGGUCGACAAAAGGUUGAAAGAAGCAAACGCUGCAGAACUGCUACUUAUGGAGGAGGAAAAGAAAAAGAUUGCCGAGGACGACAAGAGGAGGGCCGAAGAAGAAAGAAGAAGGGUUGAAGAAGAAAAAGCAAGAUUGGCUGCAGAAGAGAAAAGAAUGCUGGACGAAGAAAAGGCAAAGAUGGAAGAGAAGAAAAGGGUUGCAGAAGAGGCUGAAAGGAAAAAGGCUGCGGAUAAGGCGAGACUUGCCAAGGAAGAGCAGGAAAGAAGUGCCAAACAAGAAGAAGCAAAAAGGGCAAAGGAAGAAGAGGCGAAACGGGCAGCAGAAAAGGCCAAAAAAAAGAAAGAUGGCAGCAGCAGACCUGCAUUGGUGCUCAGUUCAUUGGUGCCUCUUCUGUUGUUUGUGCUGGGUUGCACUCUCGUGUGCUGA